AUGUCAUUAUUUCUACUGUUCUGCCUCGCUGAAAUUCCUGUAUCGGUCAUCAAUACUCUCCUACAAACGCCAAAACACAACUUCUUCUCUGUCGUUCGCGAUCCGGCUCAGACGACAUUUGACCCGUUUCACACUUCACCUCCAAUUACCACACCUGUCAGCAAGUUCCUUGAUCGAGAGCAGAUACGCCGAUUUAUCACAACCCGUCUUAGCGAGCCUCCAGCAGGAAGUGACUUGGAGCUGUGUCAAUAUGCUCUACUUGACGAGCGCAGUGCUUCAGACCAUACACUCAUCUUAGCACACUCGUACUCGAGUCUGGAUAUGCGCGAUCCAGACACCAUGAGCGAAGACGAAUUCGAGCAGUUGCAGACCGAAAUCGAUGACCACGAAGAUGGAGCGGAGAAUUUGUGGUUUGAAUGGCGUGUCGCCUUUGGAGACGCAGAGAUGAUUUCUACUUAUUUGUGUUUUGAGAGCGAUUUCACGGUUAAGCUGUAUAAUGAGGACUUUGUAGCGAUGCAUACAGAUGCUCGAGGGAUCUUCCAGGUGAAGUCUGCGUACGGAGCCUUUGUGGAUACGGAUCUGUAA